CCCAUGCGUGCAUUGGAGGCGUCUCCGCUGGUGGAUCGGACAGGCAGAACUCAGCCUCAACCUGCAAGCCGGGCGCACUAUCCCAACACACCAAUCACCUCAAAUCGAACCAUGCCCAUUGGGGAAUCGGGAUUGUCAGGUAAAUGGUGCUCGUUGGUGGGUAGAGUUCAUGAUGGCAUGGCCAUACUAGGUGACGGAAUUGACGCACUCUCCGCAACGGCGACCAAACGUUUGCUGGCAAUCUUGUGUUGUUUUGGGUAAUGAUCG